UGGGUUCGCCGCUGCAAGAAGCCUCUUCUCCACAAGAACACAGUACUGCUUUGAAAAUGUUACUGUCCUGUCACUGGACUUACCCCGCCAACCAGGGCAAGACCGCAUUACUUCACCUCUUCUUAUGCACGAUUUCAGGGGUGUGGGGCAGUCAGGUGGUGGUGCCCCAGAAGGUGAACGCUGUCCUGGGGAAGAAUGUGACACUAGAGUGCAGGGUAGAGGUGGGUGCAAACCUAACUCUUACCCAGAGCUCCUGGGAGCACCGUCUGCCUUCCGGCUCCGUCACAGUAGCGGUCUACAACCCAGAGUUUGGCAUCUCCAUCCCUCCAGAGUUUCUCCAUCGCUUGUAUUUUCGUUCACCCUCCUCCCAUGAUGCCACCAUCAUAUUAGAGGACGUGGGCUUUGCUGACGUUGGAGUCUACACCUGCAAGGUGGCCACAUUUCCUCUGGGAAACACUCAGGCCUCCACCACUGUCAGUGUACUUGUGGAGCCCAAGGUGUAUGUGUCUGCAGGUUCUGUUGCCCUGAUCGACGGUGGCAAUGAAACAGUAGUGGCCACCUGUAUUGCCGAGCGGGCCCGGCCUCCAGCUGAGGUGUCCUGGGAGUCCAAUCUUUUCGGUCAGUCAGAAGUGCAGCUGUUCGACGAGGCCAGUGGCACCAUCAGCACGCAUGUGCGCUACCUCUGGCAGCCCACCCGCCACGUCCAGGGCCACGCCCUCACCUGUGUGGUCCGACACCCUGCUCUGCCGACUGACUUCAGGAUCCCCUACCAGCUCAAUGUGCAGUUCGCCCCUGAUAUCUCAGUUGUGGGGUACGAUGGAGAUUGGUAUGUGGGCCGGGAGAACGUUCAGAUGACCUGCAAAGCCAACGCAAACCCACCAGCCCAUCACUUCAGAUGGAUCAGAUUGGACAGCGAAAUGCCAGAAGGGGUGGAAAUAAUCAACAACACGUUGCUCUUCCUGCGUCCCCUUCAUCGGAAUGACUCUGGCGUUUACAGGUGUGAGGUUGCCAAUGACAUCAACCUCCGCAGCAGAGACGUGCGCAUCCUCAUACAAGAUCCUCCCACCAUGCCCUCUACCAUUACUGCACCCAUCUUAACCGGCGCUGCCUCCUCCACUUCAGUGGACGAUAAGCGCCACAUCCUCCUCAGCUCCCCCACACUUGAAGCCCUACCUGAGAGUAAUCUUGGCUCCAUAGUGGGCGGGGCUGUGGGAGGGGCCUUGUUCCUGCUAUUGCUGUUAUGUCUUGCCGGCGUCUGUUACCUACGGAAACAGCAAACCUUCCAUGGAAACUACUAUACCAAGCAGUACCUGGGCCCUGCCGACCUUCAGAAAGCGCCCGCGCAGCAGCACGAACUCCACCCCACCAAGGCCAGCAGCAGCCUCCGCCAACAAGACCACGACCGAGAGGAGUGGGGCGACCGCCAGCUCAAACAGGAGCGUGACCGCGAGCGUCGUCACCAUGGCAACCACAAUGGAGAGGAGUACUUUUCUAACGGCUACACUAGGGCAAUGAGGGAGAGCAGUCACCAUAACAAUCACCAUAAGCAUCACCAUGAGCACCCACAUUAUUCUAGUCCACAGCAGACGGGGCGAGCCAGGUACCCUCCUCCAACAAAACCACUGACCAACGGCUCCCCCUACUUGUCAGAUGACUGCUACGACAGCGGGCCCGAGGGCGACUACGUGUCCCACACGGAUGGCUCCGUCAUCUCUCGUAGGGAGUGGUACGUUUGACCACCUCCCUGGUCCCACAGGAGAGGAGAGACAACGGAAAUUGGAGGGUCUCCUUUUAUUAUUUAGGAAGAAACACGUAAUUUCUCUCCUACGCACACAGACACACUUGACACUAACCUCUAUUCUGUAGUUCCCUCGUUACGAUCAAGAGUCCUGGUUGACGCUUGAGAUCAUUUUUCUGUUCUCGAUGUGGAUGGAGUGCGGACCGCCCUGCCACUCUGAAAGUCCACAUCUACAUGCCAACAACCUACACAGGUGGGCAUAUGGAGACUGAAGCUUGCAGUAUAUGCGCUACUGUCUCUGCCUUAGUUCAGGGUCUUGGGGAAUGCCAGUUAAUUUUGCAUCACUUGAGUAUUUCUGUUGAUAUCUGACAUUGUGUAUGGUUAUAUUAGAAGUAAUGUUUUUUUACAUGGGUUUGCCAUCUGUGACAUUCUUAAACUUGCCUGUUCAAUAUUUGUGUUUGUUGACAGUACUUGCACUGAGUUGUGCAACAGUCUGACCUCUGAAUCUGCUCCACACCCACUUCUACGUUGUUUUUGAGGGUGGAUAUUUUAAAGAGGCCCUUCCAUCCAAUCCUCACCAGAAUGUAGAGGAGGCAUUAGAGGGUAUGAAAAAAAAAGCUCUCUCCUUCAGCGAGCAUACGCUAAGAUCCCUCCCUCUAUUAGUGCUGACCUUUACAAUCUGAUCUGCAGUCCUGAAAUAUGUUUUUAAACCUUUUGCAUAACCAUGUCUUGUACCACCCCAUCAUUUAACCACUGUUUUUCUUUUAAAAUGUUUACACUGCAUACAAAUUAGAAUGAGACAAGAUUGAUGAUUUCACCAAUAAUCUCCCUGCAACGUCCUAAAAAAAAUGCUGCCCUAAAAAGAGUGAGAACCUUGAGAGAGCAUUUCUCUGUCCUCAGCUCUUACGGUCUCUUAUCCCCAGGAGGGAGGGAUGGAGCAGCAGCAGGGAGGCCUGCAUGUAUGUGGUACAGUCCACUCUAACCUACACUCAGGCCUCCAUAUCUAAGCCUCCUGUAAAAUUCUGUCAGACAGUGCAAAGUAAAAUAGGUUAGAAUACCUUUAUAACAUUUGUACAUUAUUUAUUCAUUUCGGGAAGGCUUCAAGGUUAGUUAACUUAUUCAAUUAGCCACACAGCCCUUUGUGCUGUAACAGAUAAUUAUGGAUUUGUUGAUAAAUGUGUACUUGAAGCGCUAUACCACACCAAACUAAGGCAUUUGUAAAUUCAAGAUUUUCAGCGGGGUAUUGUCAAAGGCAGGAUACAGUAUGGCAGUCGCUGUACCCUGGCCUCCUUGUCAAAUCUGUUUUGAUACACAAAGAAAUUAUUCAAGAAUGCAGCUGUUAGUUCCUACCACAAAUAGCCACCAGUGGUCUGACUCCACUCCUAAAAUGAGACAUGUUUGUGUCAGAGUUGGUAUCCUAGGCAUUAAUAGGCUUAUGUCUCUGAUCCAUAUGUGCAUGUGCGCACACAACAGUGUAGCUGAAUGUUUCUUUAAAAUUUAGAAUUUGUUAUUACCACCACAAAAAAAGAAAAUAAUGUAUGCAAAUCAAUUUUUAUUUGUUUACUUUUUUGGGUGGCAUAGUGUCCUAUGUGCCAUGAUUAUGCCAGGCUUUGAUUUUAUUGCUUUUGUUUUGUUAUUUCAUUUUCAUUAACCAAGAAGUCAGACUGGAUUUGGUAUUCAUGACAACAAGCUCACCUCAGCUUUUCAGGCCACACAAGUUAUUUGCUAUUUGACCAAGUCACAAUAAGUGUUUGGCAGUCGAUGUCAGUUGGCCUGUAAACCCAAACAGUUCAUGAAUGAACUGAAAUUUGUGAAACUUAAUGAAAGCUAUGAAAAAAGCCGUGGAUAAAGGUCAUCUUUAUUCUGAAUUUAAUCUCUUACUUUCUGUGAUAUUGCACCCACUGAUGUAAUAUACAAUAUUAUUUUUGGCACACGCACAUAUUUACACUUGAUAGAUUGCAUGGAGGAGAAAAAAAAUUCAACAGUGAUUUCUUGACACAGAUAAGUGUUUGUGAAUACAUGCCAACUUCAAUAGUAUGGUCACAGUAUUUGCAGCAAGAUGCCAAAUAUUUGUUUAGCUUGUACGUAUCAAUUUGGUGGUGACAGUGUCUCACAUAUGGUAUUACUGACUAACGAGUAACAAUUGAUUAUUAGCUUACAUCGAUGACUAACCUAUCACCGCUUUAUACAGGGUCUCGUAGCCGGAACUAGAAGUAAAAAGAUGCUUUAGGCCAAUUAGAUCUCACAGUAACAGUGGUCAAAGUGGAACUAGUUAUAAUCUUAGGAACCCUCACUUGUUAAUUAUUCGUCGGGGUACUUUGUGCAGUGAAUAAGCUGCAGUUCUCAUAGUGAAAUUAGCUUAUUUGACGUAGUAACUUGCAAGCAGAAAAAAUGACCCAAUACUUCAUUCCAUGUGGUUUCAUCUGUUUAGCACUAAGACAGCACAGCAGAACUGAUUUAUCCAAAUAGAGGACAUUUAGGAGAAUGAAACGGUCGGUACUUUUACCCUGAAAUGCAUUGAAAUUCAAAACUAAAGCUUGAUCUUACAAUCGUACAGUACAAUAUGUGAAUACACAUGCAUUCUGAGAGGUUAGUGUGCCGUCUUGGGUGCAAAUUUAGUUUCAUGUUGCAGCCAGGGAGCAGAAAUCGCAAAAAGUAUGGAUGCUUUCUACUUUAACAGUUUGAUUAAAAAUGGAAAUCUGUUUUAGAUAUGAAAAAAACUUGUGUAAAAGUGGAUAUGUAGAUAUUUCCAAACCAUUAACUCCACUGGGAUUUUAUACUUUGAUGCUGACUCCAAUUAAUUCUGCCUUUCUGAUCUGUUCCACAUAAGUGAAAAGAAUAAUGGGAGGCAUAGCAACCAUUGAUUUCUCCUUGUUUUUGCUUCUAUAUGUGCUAAGAUGGAAGUUGAAAAUCAAUGCAAUAUGUUUUGCUAGACUGGCCAGUUUGGAAGUCCUUGAAUUUGUAUUAAUGAAGUUCCUCUGUGCUGUUAAGUUCAGUAUAAAGACCAGUCAUCAGGUUUCCUCACUUUGAGAGAUGUCCUUCACUUUGGGUUGAGAAAUACGAGUGCCUUAGAUACCCAGCAACAUUUUUGAGUGUUUUUUAUGUUAAAGUUUCUUUUUAUCAUUGACUCGUGUAGGAACCUGUUUGGUUCAGAGAUUUUGUUUUUUUGCUUUUUCCCCUUUCUCUUGUUUUUCCCUACAUCUUGUCUGUAAGGAGUCUUCUAUACUCCUAGUAUAGUGCCAUAUUCACUUUUCUGUCCUCAUCGCCAUGAUAGUUGACAACAGCAUAUUUGCAAAGCUAGAAACCUUUUGUUUUGUUUUGUUUCAUUUUUUUUUUUUUUUUACAACUGCUUAAAACUAGAAUAAAUGAAUAUGUAAAGUGAACAACACUGUGCACUUCACAGGUAUUAUAGUUGGUUAUCAAACUGUCAGAAGUUUUGUUUUGUUUCAACGGCGCUGUUCAAAGGACCGAACUUCAAUCUCACGUUGUCAUUAAAAGCACCUUCUUGAGUUCAUGUUGGGUUUUGUACAUAGAGAGAAAAAAAAAAUGUAAGUUUAAGGGACUGGAAGAAAAAAAAAAAUUAUCUGUAUCAAUGCCAACGGUGGAGUGUUAUUUUGUCAAUCUUUUUGAGAUACUUUAGUUCAAUAAAGCACCUUAGCACCUGUGAGGUUUUUUUUCCUGACAGUUUUUGUGCUC